GAAACCCGCCGAAAAAUUUGUCGGCUAUAUGAGGACGACCAAACACUAAAGCAAGCCGAAAUCGCCGACAGAUUCGGAAUAAAAAGAAGCACCGUUUCCAAAGUUUUGCGAAAUAAAAACAAGUUCCUAAAUCCAACUAAAAAACAAAGUGUAACAGCCGAUAUCGAAAAGAAAUUUAUGAUAUGGAUUAAACUGGAUGGCCUGCCCCAAUCCAACCAGAAGCUCCGAAACAAAACAAUACUGUUUUGUCAAAACACCCCAGACAUUUCAAAUUUGAGGAAAAUAAUCAAAUCCACAACGAAAUUGGAAAUAUUUAAAUAGAGCGCCACUGUAUCCUAUGGCCAG